UCCAAUAUCUUCGAAGAUGCUGAUGGCGAUAGGGCUAGAAAAGCUUCUGAGAUUCUUGAGUCGAACGAAACCAAGCGUUCCAAAAGUGGCUGAGAUGGCGUCAACUUAUCCUCCUCUGCAGUGAUAGUUUUUACUGCAUUCAAAUAAUGUUUUUAUGUUUUCCCUAAUGGCUUUGCCUUUUCAUUUCAGACUUCAGACCUUUGUCUUUUUAUGUUAUUUAAAACAAGUUGUUGACUUAUGGUUUUUGCUUAUCUAUUUAAGGAAAUUACUUAUUCUAUAUGAUCUUUUAAUAUUACAUGAAGAUAAUAGUUUAUUCCAUGCGGAUGCUAUUACCACCACAAGUAUCUACCUCGAUUGAUUAAAACUUCGAUUUAAAACGUUGAUCAGUCACUGCUAUGUCUCAAUAUUUAAUUUUUUUUUUCCGUUAACUCUCUCAAUUAUAUAUGCUGCUUAAAUUGCAAUAUUAGCUUUUCAUAUUCGCGACUCUUAAUGUCCGUAUGGCUACACGAGAUUUUCUCAUCUAAUUAACAAAACCCUUAUCUCCAUGUCUUGACGUUAGACAAACAUCACGUUCAUGCGUUCAGCGAAGAAACGAGUCAUCUCCAUCAUGGCAUCCUUGAAGAGUAGUUCACCAUUGAAGAGAAACACAUGGGUACGACGACCUUUUCGCAUUAGUGGAAUUACUAACAGAAAUGUUCAAAAAAUAUCACCAACCCCAAAAGCAGUUCGUGUUAUUAAACUUUGGCCCAUCAUAAGUGAAGCCAAGGACUUGCUCGGUACCGGUUUCCUAUGCUUUUGCUUGGAGGGUGAAACUCUAGAAGGGCAGCUAUCCAGACAGUUAUCAACUACAAAUCCUAACCUCUUAUCAGCAGGGGAUAUAUAUCAGCUCUCAGAUUAUAUGGUCAUCCCGAAUAAUCGCAGACACAAGCUGACUCCGCAGCCGUUCUUUAUUCGUAUCAACCGUGAAGCGAGUGUGUUAAAAUUAGAACACACGAUCCCAGAAUUUCCUGCACGCAAAUUCUCUCCUCUCAACUUCAUGCAGCUAAUAGACUCAGCAACUGCACGCACAUACCUUCCAGAUGUAGUAGGCCAGAUACUUAUCAUGCAAGAUGACUACCCCCACUACCCGGAAUAUCAAACGAAGCUGAUAAUUGGUUUGCUUAUAAACGGAUGGAUGAUGGUGAAGCUAACGCUAUGGGGAAACAAAGCAUCUCUUUUCCGGCAACUACAAGCCAUGAGCCAUCGGAAGUAUAAAGUUGUUUUAGUAACAAGCAUUAUACCAAGUAUAUGUAAAGGGAAACUCUUGCUAGCUUCAUCAUCCGCAACUCAGUUUUUCUUUGAUGAAAAUAUCAAGCACAUCAGUGGCUUCAAAAGCAAAAUAAGCAUUGGUGGGGAAUAGCUAAUGACGUCGAUCCAGAGAUUUGAACGUGUUCUACGCAUUGAGAGUAUACGUACAGGAAUAUACUCUGCUCCUGAAUGCUUUCGUGCUGUUCAAUUGUUGGCCGUAUUUAGACAUUCGCUAAUGCUUCCCAUUCAGUGUUUUUUUUUUAAUCUUUCAAUCAAUUUUAUAUUUACUACACCUUUAUAAAGGAUACAUUUCUAAUAUAAGCUACGAUAACAAUCGAUUGAUCUGUACAGGUAUGAUGAUUCUUAGACAUCACUCCCCUAUACUAAUUUGAAAAAUCUAUAUGUUAAAUAUAAGAGUUAUACGUGAAAAGUAUCAAUCUUCAGAAAUUGAUAAUAGAAUUCUUGGUCAAAUCAAUAAUAAAUGAUUUGUUACCAUCAAUAAUAAAAUUUGCAGCUGAUUUUAAACUGAGUAGGUAACCUAAAUCUAUUCCAAACUAAUUAUAAGAAUAUCUACUACCCAUAUUUCGAAAUUUGUUGCUUCUUAAAAGACAAGUAUCAACCGACAUUAAUUUCUUAUCCUUCUUCCUACAAUAAAUUUUUUUUUUUUUUUGACAAAAUGUGAAUUCAUUUCAUAGAAAUGGCUUUGAGAUACAAAAGCUUGGAUCUAAAUCUGCUAGAACUAGCAAAGGCUACCUAAAGAUUCCCCAAAAAAGAUAAAAAAAGAUCCUUAGAUACAUAGUUAGGCUUAAUCUAUGAAGACUAAGGCUAAACAUGGAGAUCAAAAUGUCAGCAAUUGGCACUCGAAGACCCAGAGGACACUUUAAAGAAAGAAACCUGCAAAAAAGAUUAGAGGUCUAGGAAAAGUUCAGGAGCGGAUGAGAUCCCGAAAGGAAUCAGAGGACGUGACAGGCGGAGGCGGUUAGGCGUCCCGGCCCCGGCUAUCAUUCCGUCAAGGGUCCACUCCGAACAAACCAGAAGAUUGUAGAAGGUGCGGCUGUUGAUCCAAUCCGACUAAUGGAAAACCAAGCGGUGAAGAAACGAGACUCGUGGACUGCAGGAGGUGGUUUAAACUCCUUACACCGGCCACAGCGUCGGAGAGAUAGAUGCUUUCCAAUCGACAAAGAGGCAGGACACACUCCUCACAACCUUCCUGCGAGCGCUUGAAGAACCGGAGCAGGAGCUCCACACAAACAGAGCGACACGACUGACGAGAGGAACCUCACCGUA